CUUGAUCCUUUCUUUUUGUUCUUCUUCUCUUUUCUCAAUAUUCAAACUCACACUCCGAGCGAAAGCGCUUGAGCUCAACACAGUGUACAUUAUAACCAUCGAGCCAUGAUCAUCAAAAAUUUUCGGUACCACAAAAUCAAGCAUGGGGAAUACGACUUUAAUUGCACGUAUGCGGAGAGAAAGCAUCGUAUCAAUAUGAUGAUAAUAAACAAUACCGACAGGACAUUGCGUUUUCAUUAUCGAAACAGCCAUACGGAAGAUAUGGUGGUGAUUAAGCUUGAUCGAUAUUUCACGAAAGAGUUUGAAUCACGCCCGAGGAGCACCAUGCUUUUCAAAUUGCCCAAGGCAACGAAUUCUUCCUGGACAUUGCAUUGCCGGACACUAGACUCUUUCACCAGGCGCAAAAUUGUCGGGGUCUAUGCCCAGCCUAUGCAUCACCCAUCGCUAGAAGAGGAUCAUGAAAUGAUCAAGAUGUACAUUCUGCUCAAUAAGGUAGCUAAAGAAAUGAAGCCAAAAAUCGCUUUUGAUGUAAAUGAUGUAGAUUCAAGAAUAAUCACUGAACACGACAAGAAGAUGAUUCGAACAUAUUUGAAAAAUAAUAAUCCAGUCUAACAGAGUUUAGAAAG